UCUUUCUGAUUCCCUAUGUUAUCUUUCUUGGAAUGGUUAUCCUUUCGCGUCUUUGCCAUCAAAUUUUCAUCCAUAUAACCUGGUAGAAUUAAAUAUGCCUGAUGGCAAAAUUGAACAAUUAUGGACAGGCAUCCAGCGUCUCCCCUAUUUAAAAAGGAUGGAUUUGAGCAACUCCAAAAACCUUAAGAUGACUCCAUGCUUUGAAAUGAUACAAAAUCUUGAGCGACUAGAUCUUACAGGAUGCAUAAACUUGUUGCAUGUGCAUCCAUCAAUUGGACUUCUUACAAAACUUGUAUUCUUGAGUUUGCAGAAAUGUAGUAGUUUAGUCAGCCUUGAUUUUGGAAAUGCAUCAAGAUUAAGGUCUUUACGAGUUAUGCGUCUUUCUGAUUGCACCAAACUUAAAAAUACUCCGGAGUUCAAUGGAUUAGUAAGUCUUCAGUAUCUUGAAAUGGAUCAAUGUUCAAGUUUGUCCAUGUUUCAUAAAUCAGUUAAGGAUCUUGCAAAUCUAAAAUUCUUAAGUUUGAGAAACUGCACAAAUCUUAUUGAAAUACCUCAUACUUUUUAUAAGAUGACAUCUCUUAUAACUUUAGAUCUUUGCGGAUGCUCUAAAUUUACGAUAUUUCCCCUAGGAGGGAUUUACACUUCUAUCAUGCAACCUUUGAUUUAUUUAGACUUAAGCUUUUGCGGUAUUACUACAAUACCUGAUGAUAUUGGAGGAUUAAGGUGUUUGGAAAGACUAAAUCUUCAAGGAAAUAACUUUAAUAAACUUCCUUCCUUGAGGUCUCUUCGCCGUCUAUCAUAUUUAAACUUGUCUCAUUGCCAUAAGCUUCAAAGUUUUCCUGAGCUCCCAAUAGAAAGUGGUGAAUCAGAUUCAAUGGGAAGAUAUUUUCAAACAUCUGGAUCGUGUAACCAUAGAUCGGGAUUAUAUAUUUUUGACUCUCCCCUUAGCAAUACUGGGCUUUUUUCCCACCAGGAAUAUGUUCAGGAAUAUCUUUAUUGGCUCUUCACUACAUGGGUACGAAGACUACUUCGGGAACCUCUUCAUUUUCGGUGUGGCUUUGACAUUGUUCUUCCUUGGGGUGGUGGUGGUGUUCCUGCAGAUCUUUCCUUUCCAGAGUUUUUUGGUCGUCCGUUUGCAGGGGAUUCUAUAGGAAGGAUAAAUAACACUGGUAUGCAUGAUGACUGGCUUGGGUUUCUCUUUUAUGUAAAAUUUGAGUUAAAAAGUGACCAUGCAUCAUCUAGUUCCUCACUCUCUUCGCCGCCAUUGCCAUGUCCUUUUUAUCUUUCCUUUGAGAACGAACACACGGAAGAACGAUUUGAUAUGUCAUUCAAUUUGGAUGAGACUUGUGGCAACCAUUAUAUUUUGAUAAUCUAUAUAUCUCGGGAGCACUGCCAUUUUGUAAAAACAGGAGCGCAAAUCAAAUUUAAAGCCCGCAAAGGUUUGAUUUUGAUGGAAUGCGGUUUGCGAGUCAUGACCAAGGGAGACAUAGAGGACUCAAGAAUGGAUAUGGUAGCACCUCUACCUUUAUCAAUUGUCAAAGUAGAACAAAGCUGGGUUGAGCCUAAAAUCCAACUUCCUUACAAUUGGUUAGUUUCUGACAAAGAUGAAGCCGAGAAGAAUGCAGCCAAAGAGAAAGAAACCGAUCUCUUUAAUCUUGGCCUUUUUACCGAAAGACCAUACUGAAAAAACACCAUAUUCUCCCACCAGCCCCGAGGGGAUGCAUUUCAUACGCAUGCAUGGUUUUUUAUUUUUUCCCUGGCAGCUAUGACCACUGGUUUAAUCUAUAUAAGGAUUGAAGUUUGUGGAACAAUACUUCACAGAAAAAAGAAACUGGGUGUUGUGUGUCGGGAACUUUUGAAGCUUUUAAUGUAAAAAUGAAUAGAUUUCUGAGUGCUUGCUUCUCUUUCAAUACUUUUUUGUGAUGUGCUUUGGCUUUUGGGUACAUUUAUUUAUUAUUGAAUAUGUCCUUUAUAGCCCAA